AUGAAGAAGAAAUCGUCUAAAAGCUUUAGGGAAUAUGCCAUAAGAUGGAGAGAGCAGACAGCUAGAGUCAAACCGCCGAUGAAAGACUAUGAAUUGAUUGAUGUUUUUCUCCAGGCACAAGAGCCUGACUACUUUCAUUACCUUCUCGUUGCAAUGGGGAAGCCUUUCACCGAAGCCAUUAAGAUCGGAGAAGUGGUAGAGAACGGCAUAAAAUCGGGUAAAAUUGUAAGCCAAACAGCCAUUAGAGCUACCACGCAAGCAAUACAAAGCGGGUCAGGUAAUUUUGUAAAUCGAAAAAAGAAAGAAGAAGGGUCCAUGAUGACGUCUGGAUCGAGAGGUAUUCAAAUGGGCAUGAACCACCCUUAUGUUCAAGUCCAACAAGAACAAUCUAAUUCUCCUCAACAUUAUUACCCAUCCCAAUAUGCAGUUCUCAACACUCAAGCAUAUGUCCGACCUCCUCAGCGCCAACAAUGGCGGGCACCUGCCCCACAAGGUUCUCGCCCCCAACAACAAAAUUUUCAGGCACCCCAUAAUCCACGUCCCCGGAUGGAUUAUACAAGAGAACAAGGUCGAAAAGAAAACUUUACCCCAAUUGGAGAGUCAUAUAAGAGUUUGUUGCGGAAAUUAGUACAAUUAGGAUUGGUUGAACCUGUAAAUCCCUAUUUUGUCAAUCCGAAUGCAAGAGGCUUUGAUCCAACUGUUAUAUGUGAGUAUCACGCUAACACUCCAGGUCAUAGCACAGAGAAUUGUUGGACUCUAAAAAGAGUCAUUGAGAAGUUGAUUGAGGAUAAGGUAAUUGAGAUACGUAAUGAGGAGGCGCCAAAUGUCACCAAUAACCCACACCCUGCUCACAAUAAGGAGCAUAUUGUGGGGAUGGUAGACAUUUAUGAAGAUUGUGAGCAAACAUGUAGAACAAAAAUGGAAAGCAGAGAUUCAAAAGAAGAGUCGAGUAUGGUUUUAGAACCCAUACAAAAGGCACCGAUAAUUGUGAACGGUGCAAGUUCAAAUUUUGGAGACUCGAGAAAACUUGUGUUGUAUGUCCCUGGAGCUGUAAAAAGAAGAGAAGUACCGUUGAAUGGACCAAAAUUAUACAUUCCUGGUAAGCUUCGAGCAUUUGGUCAAAAUCAAGAAAGCGUGAAAGAGCCAGUUGUGAUACAAAUUGCAACACAACUUCCGAUGACAAACACCAAGACCGUUCCAUGGAAUUACAACAAAGUCGUUGUUACCCACAAAGGAAAGGAAAUUGUUGAAGAGACAAAUGAAAUAAGAGGAUUAACUCGUUCUGGGAGGUGUUAUGCUCCAGAAGAAUUAAGAAGAGACAAACAAGCCAAAGAAAAUCAGUUGCCGGUUAAAAAACCUGUCACUGAGGAGGAGGCUGAAGAGUUCUUGAAAAAGAUGAAAGCGCAAGAUUAUUCUGUUAUUGAUCAAUUGAGGAAAACACCCGCUCAGAUAUCCUUGUUGUCAUUACUCAUACAUUCUAAAGAGUAUCGUGAAGUUUUGACCAGAAUCUUGAAUGAGGCACAUAUCUCAGAAAGUAUCACGGUGGGUCACUUGGAAAAGAUGACCAACCGAAUAUUUGAGGUAAAUAGAAUCACUUUCACUGAUGAUGAAUUGCCUUUGGAAGGAUCUGGGCAUAAUAAGGCGUUACAUUUAACCGUGAAAUGUGAAGAACAUUAUGUGAAAAGGGUCAUGGUCGAUGGAGGAUCAGGUGUAGAUAUAUGCCCUCUUUCUACUAUACAAAGGUUGAAAAUCAACACAGAUAGAAUUCGUACUAACAAUGUCUGUGUGCGUGCAUUUGAUGGCGCAAAACGGGACACUCUUGGUGAAAUAUACUUAACUGUUACAAUUGGACCAGUGGAGUUCAGAAUCACUUUCCAAGUAAUAGACAUGGACACUUCUUACAAUCUACUUUUGGGUAGGCCAUGGAUCCACCUGGCUAGAGCUGUGCCGUCUACUUUGCACCAACUGGUCAAGUUUGAGCAUGACAAACUAGAAAUCAUUGUCCAUGGUGAAGAUGAUCUCCCAAUCACCCGAGAUCCGUCAAUACCAUGCAUUGAGGCCAAAAGAAGUUGUGAAUCCCUCAACUAUCAGGCUUUUGAGAUUAUAACAGUCAAUCAGUUUUUGGUAGGGAAGCCUAUACCACAAUCUCAUCUAUCAUCUGCUUCAGUCAUGGUGGUGUCCCAGAUGGUACAAAACGGCUAUGAACCUGGAAAGGGACUAGGGUUGUCUUUGCAAGGAAUUGUAGAUCCCAUCAAUCCGAUGGGUAAUCAAGAGACAUUCGGUUUGGGUUUCAAUCCAACUAGAUUUGAUAGAAAAUGGGCAAAAGAGCGUAAAAGAAAUGUUUGGAAUUUGUUGAAGUCAAUCCCUCAUAUUGCUCAAUCUUUCGUUAAAUCUCGAGGUGAACCGAGUCGAGACUUCUCUGUCCAGAAUGAUGUUGAUGAAAUAUGUCAAGGUAUCAAGGAAAUGUUUUAUGACGUAAACAUGACUCAGAUGGGUGAAUGCACUAGUCACAUGGAUGUGCAAUUCAUCGGCCCGAAUGUCCAGCUCAACAAUUGGGAAGCCACUCCUCUCCCUACAAGGAGGGAGUCUUGUUACGUUAAUGUCGACUUUAAUAAUAUGACAUGCAUGCGGAGUUUACAGUUAGAUCCUAAAAAGUUGUCUGAUCUCGAAACAAUGAAUCCAAAGUUUGACGAAUAUGAUAAAGAUGAAGCUUACGAAGAAAUAAAAAAGGGAUUGGAUCAAUUUGAAAAUAAGCCUAAACCUAAUUUAAGUGAAACUGAGGCGGUUAAUUUAGGAACUCCUAAAAAAGUAAGAGAAAUAAAGAUAAGUAUUCAUGUUGAUCAAAACAUUCGAGACGACAUAAUUCAAGUUUUAUUUGAAUACAAAGAUGUCUUCGCGUGGUCCUACGAUGACAUGCCGGUGCCAAAGAAAGAUGGAAAGAUCAGAGUUUGUGUUGAUUACAGAGAUUUAAACAAAGCAAGUCCAAAGGACAAUUUUCCAUUACCCAACAUUCACAUCUUAGUUGAUAAUUAUGCCAAACACGAGAUUCAAUCUUUUGUGGACUGUUACGCCGGAUAUCACCAAAUUCUCAUGGAUGAAGAAGAUGCAGAAAAAACUGCUUUCACCACCCCAUGGGGUACAUAUUGUUAUAAAGUCAUGCCAUUCGGUUUGAAGAAUGCGGGAGCAACCUACAUGAGAGCUAUGACUACCAUAUUCCAUGACAUGAUGCAUAAAGAAGUUGAGGUAUAUGUCGAUGAUGUCAUCAUUAAAUCUAGAACGCAAGUCGACCAUGUACGUGAUCUAAGAAAAUUCUUCGAAAGAUUGAGAAAGUACAACCUCAAGCUUAAUCCAGCUAAAUGUGCAUUUGGAGUGCCAUCUGGCAAACUUUUGGGUUUUAUAGUUAGUCGAAGAGGUAUUGAGUUGGACCCCUCUAAGACAAAGUCCAUUCGAGAAUUGCCACCUCCAAAAACCAAAACUGAAGUCAUGAGUUUUCUGGGAAGGUUAAACUAUAUCAGCAGGUUCAUUGCUUAA